GAUAUCUUGAAACGCGGAAUCUCGCGCGCCGACCUCAGCAAUACGACCAUCUACGGACCCUAGCCGCCAUAAGAAUGAUGCGCGAGUGAUCGGGAGCGCAACGACACCUAAACCUACACCCAGUACACGCGAUACCCCUGACGAUGAACUCGACAUUCGCGAGCCUACAAGGCGAGCUGCCGGAUUCAGCGCUCGCCUUCAUCGACAGCACCGCCUCAUACUUGCAGCAAAUACCUGGAUCAGCAAUAGUAGUGCGCUACAUUCGGUCCUCAUAUCAGAAUGAUCCUGUCCGUAGCGCAGUCGAGCUAUUCCUGUUCAUCUUCGCCGUGCGCUACCUGCUCGCACCGUCAUACAGCACCAAGAGGAAGAAGAACGUGCCUCUGACGGAAGAUGAAGUGGAUGAGUUAGUGGAAGACUGGACACCCGAGCCGCUGGCCGGCGAAGAGACUGAAUUCGAAAGACUUACCAAUGAGAAGAGCCCCGUCAUCACGGGAAUGGCAGGACCCAAAGCGAAACUUGCGAAUGGCAGGACAGUGACGAACCUGGCGAGCUACAACCACUACAACUUUGCUGGGAACCAAGAUCUCAUGAAUAAGGCUGUUACUACAGUGCGGACCUACGGUGUCGGGCCAUGCUCACCACCGGGCUUCUACGGAACACAGGAUGUACACAUGAAGAGCGAGGCAGAUAUUGCGGCACACAUCGGCAUGCCGGCAGCGAUCAUCUAUGCGCAGAGUUUCUCAACCAUCAGCAGUGUCAUUCCGGCAUUCAGUAAGAGAGGAGAUAUCAUCGUGGCAGACAAGGCAGUCAACUACCCCAUCCGCAAAGGCCUACAGAUCUCGAGAAGUACUGUCCACUGGUAUGAGCACAACGAUAUGGAAGAUUUGGAGCGAGUACUGCAGCGAAUUGUGAAGCAAGGACGAGGCAAGCCGCUUACGAGGAGGUUCAUUGUCACGGAAGGCUUAUUUGAGAACAUCGGAGACAUGGUCAACCUGCCAAAACUCAUUGAUCUCAAGUUCAAGUACAAGUUCCGUAUCAUCUUGGACGAGACUUGGUCAUAUGGCAUUCUCGGACGCAGUGGCAAGGGAGUGACAGAACAUCAAAACGUGGACCCAACAAACGUGGACAUGAUCAUCGGAGGCCUCGCGGGAGCAAUGUCGAGUGGUGGUGGUUUCUGUGCUGGUAACAUGGAGAUUGUGGAACAUCAGCGUCUUAGUGCUGCGGCCUACACAUUCUCUGCAGCUCUGCCGGCAUUCCUGGCGACCACUGCUUCCGAGACUGUGACGAUGCUCCAGGAGGACCCCCGACACAUUUCCACACUGCGGGAGAACAUCUCAGCCAUACGUGCGCAGCUCGAUCCUCGAAGCGAUUGGGUUCACACCAACAGUGCGCCCGAGAAUCCCGUCAUUCUGCUUGUUCUCAAAGACCAGCAUGUCCAAGAUCGGAACCUGUCGAGAGCGGAGCAAGAGGCUCUUCUCCACGACUGCGUUGACGAGUGCCUCAACAACGGCGUCCUCAUCACACGUCUCAAAUCCAUGCCAGGCGCGCUAGGACUUGCACCCAAAGAUCUCGAAAAGGAAUGGCAGCCUCAGCCGGCUCUGAAGGUUUGCGUGACAUCGGGUUUGACCAAGAAGGAAACGGAAAAGGCUGGCAUCGUCAUUCGACAUGCUAUCACCACUGUCAUGAAGAGCAGAAAGUGGCAGAGGUAGUGCAAGUGUUAACAUUAUACAGAGCUAAUGUAGUAAUUUUCACCCUUCGUGCGCUGUUUCGCAUAGAUCUUACAUCUGAUACUAUAAUGAAGCACAAUAUGCUGGGAACUCCAUGCAUUCUGAUCAAUCGUAGGGACCGAACGAUGCGUUCAAUAUCUCUCCAUCAACCAAAUUCUUCGCUGAGCCUCUGGCAUCUCCGCGAGCAUCUCCAUCGUUGCCUUCUCGACCGCAAGCCAGUUCAUCGCAACUUCCCUUCCAAGCAAAC